UUUUGUUUUGUUUUGUUUUGUUUUGUUUUGUUUUGUUUUGUUUUGUUUUGUUUUGUUUUGUUUUGUUUUGUUUUGUUUUGUUUAUAAAGCCAGCGUGCCACGAGUUAACUGGUUUUUAAUAGGUUACAAUUAUUGCAAAGAAGGUGGGUGAAAGAACAGAUGGAUGCAGGGGAGGUUAACGGACUUAAAGCGCUCCCCUAGACCUCCCAGCUGGAGGAGGGGGCGGCGGCAUCAAAGGUGCCAAUUAGUGUAAAUACGCCAUUGGUUACACUCAUAACCGUGUCUUCGUUGUGGGAAUGGUUGUGCUACUACUCAACUUCCUUUGCCGCCUAAAAUCUUACAGCUGUCUUUCUGUGUACAUACUUCAGUUAAUUAUCAAAGACAUCUGCCUUUACUUUGUAAUUCGGCAGCUUCAAUUAGUAUUUGUUUUGUGACAGCUUCGUCUCUAUUCUGUACAAGCGACAUGAACACCUUCGUCCUGGACCUUCUGUGGAUGUCUGUCCAGAAGGACAUGUUAGCAUGUACAUGUAAGGUUUAGGCCAGGAUUCCACUUCUGUUGCAUUAGAUUCCUGUAAUGGAACAUCAGUAACCUUGAGGGAGGGGGACCUUUGGGUCUUUGAUAAUGGAAUUCAUUGAAAUUGGUUGUGGCUCUGAAGAGGUCUUUGACAUAUGUAUUUUUUCCGUUUCCAAUUGUUUAGUGGUUCAUGAACUUUUGCCCUCCUAUUCAGUCUGUAGAGUUUUAAAGUGUUUAUGGACUUAGCUUAUAUUUUUCUCUCAUUUGGUUUCUUAGAGAGUGGAGGACAACUAUCAGUUGUCAUAAUUAUACUGAUGCAAACGAUUCAAAGCUGCCGAUUGCUGGUGUUGUCUCCCUGCUAUUUUAGCUGUUUGUACAAAAUAGUUACUUAAUUUUUGCUUCUUGCAUUCAGCUGUCUUUUUUUUUUUUUCUUGUCAUGAUAAAAAGAAUUGUAGUUUUGAUUACAGAAAAUGCACCUUAAUCCGUAUCAAUUAGGGAAAAUCCAAUCAGCUAGAAAGCUUCAGUAAUUACUACCUUUUUAUAAAAACAUAAAAGUUACAAAAAGUUAAAGGAAUAAGAACCCUUGAAAUGAUUUUAAUAUUCCUCUUCACUUAUGACAGCAACCACUUCCAUUACCCUUUCUAAACUGUACUUUUAAAUAUCUAUAGCCGUUUAGAAUACACUGUUUAUUUCCACUCGCUUGUACGAAGUGGAUAACGAAGAGUGCACAGCAACGCCCACAAUUAACGCAAAGAAACUGAUAUAUUGGGAUCACGUUUUUGUUCUUACAUAGAAAUUACUUUUUUUUUUUUUUUUUUGCUAUGUACUCUUACGCCACUUUAUUAGAUCUUCGCAUUCCUGAAGUGACAAACUCCUCUCUUACAUCGUCUUCAGUGAGGUCGACGACGUGAGCGCCACGCAGCCACAAGUUCAUUCCACUCGCGGAGUCGUGAUGGUCGCAGCUUUCUGAACUUCUGGGGCUACAGAUGAUUUUGCAGGAGAAUCAAAAUCGAAAACCAACAAAGAGAAGAACUUAAGUGAAGGAUCGUUGUCACCACACAGAAGUUCACUUCAUGAUUUCUCAAGUCACAUGGUGAACAAGUGAUUACUAGAUUGAGCUGGUCAUUAGAGACCGUCUGUAAAACAGCUUUGAACAACAAUCGUCGCUGAACUUUAGCUAUGUCGGUGUCAGACUACCCUUUAAUCUCCUCCCCAGUCUCCACAAAUAUCUUUGACCAAACGUAUACAUAUGACACGGACUUAGAAAAAGAGCACGAGUCCUUCAGAAGAGCAGUAUUCAACAGUUUGCAAAUAAUACUUUCCUUGCAAGCAGUCCUCAUCGUCGCAACAAACCUUUUCCUGCUCGUUGUCAUCCUUUCCAAGUCGGCACUACGGAGUCGCCUUCGCAACCAACUGCUGAUCAGCAUGGCGGUCUCAAAUCUCACAGACGGCAUCUUCAACAUUCCCUUUAUUGUUGAUUUAAUCUCAAAACGACGUUGGAUUCAUGGAUGUUACCUUUUUGUGGCCCACUCAGUGUUUUGGCAUUACACGAAUAACUGCAUCAUUGUCUGGGGUUUGGUUUUGCUGGUCGUCUCCUACCUUUGCCGCCUAAAAUCGUACGGUGGUCCAGCAUUGUUUCUGCGCAUGUCUUCGCGCACAAAAAAAUAUGUGGCCUCUCUGCUGUUCGUGCUUUUACCGUGGAUAAUAGCGAUUCCUCUGACUUUUUCCAUCGCUUUGAGUGGGAUACCUCAAAGGAUAAAGGAUUAUUGGUACAAUGCAGUAUGUAUCUUUAUAGUGGAACGUUGGGCCGAAUUCACGUUGAGUAUUUUGAUCGUAGUCAUUCCUGCCGUGCUCAUGAUCGUCUUGGUUAUACUUACCCUCAUCGUGUACAAACGACAGACAGUGAUUCGCGGUCCUACAGACCAGAAUACAACGCUCGAAGGUCCCUCUGUGCAUGUGGCUGCUGUAAUAAUCUGUGUCAUUGUGUCUGUGGCCAAAAAUCUUGACACUUACAUAAUAAAUCUCUUCCCGUCACAUGAGAUUUUUGUCACAUUGGUCACCCUCUUUUGUAUAAGCAGCAUGAUGCCAUUGGUCCUAGCUCUUCUAUGGCUGCUGGCCCUGAAGGACUUGCGAGCACAUUCAUGCGAGAUCUUAGCCCGAAUUUCCGUCAAGUUUUGCAAAAAGAGUACUUCUGACUCAUCAGCAUUGGUGACUUUUAACGCACAUAGCCAAGAACUCUCGACGAUUUGAUUUUAAUUGGUCUGACACGUGCUACACGUUUUAUGACAAAUUAUGAUUAAUGUUUUAAGUACUUUUGAUUUUUGAGCCAUUGACAUGUGUACAAGGUAUUCCAGAUGUGCUGAACUUUUUAAAAAUUUCUUAUUGACUAAAGUCCUCACAUUUUAUUUAAAGCUGUCAAAAUCACGUUUCAACUGUUGUUCUAAGUUGGUCCCCCACUACUUAAAGUCUUAAAAUCUAUUCAGAGAACUCACUGAUUGUAAGAUGGAUGCCACAUUUUUUAAAUCUUUCAGUAAGCACUCUGAACAAAAUUUGAAAUAGUUAAACCUUUAAUCAAAGUUUAAACAAUUACCCUGUCAUCAAAGUGCACCAUAUUUGACAUUUUUUAUUUUGGAGUCCAUCGUUUGACCUGUUGUGAUCUUAAUGAUUGUGCUGGACUGUGUUUUGUGAUUUUGAUAUUUUUAUUCACUUGUACAACUUAAGCUGAUCCGUUGACCAACAUUCCCUUCUUUUUGACGCCAGAUUCCUCUUAGUCCAAGUCCAUGUUUGUGCAUGUCGACAGCGAGAUGAACCUUGUGUAAUGUGGCAAAACUGCUUGAUGACUAGACGCAGCAAAACCUGUUUACAGCUUCUCUGACCUGACCUCUUCUUAACACCCUCUUUACUAUCGUGUUACACUCUGAGACGUAUUUCCCAAUAGGCACACUAGGCACUCCUUGGGUGGUGUAGGGGGCAGAACUGCGCUGGAGUUUUGUUUUGUUUUGUUUUGUUUUGUUUUGUUUUGUUUUGUUUUGUUUUGUUUUGUUUUGUUUUGUUUUGUUUAUAAAGCCAGCGUGCCACGAGUUAACUGGUUUUUAAUAGGUUACAAUUAUUGCAAAGAAUGUGGGUGAAAGAACAGAUGGAUGCAGGGGAGGUUAAUGGACAAUAUGGACAGCUUAAAGCACUCUUCUAGACCUCUCAGCUGGAGGAUGGGGCGGCUGCAUCACAUGUGCCAACAGGUGCCAAUUAGUGUAAAUACGCCAUUGGUUACACUCAUAACCGUGUCUUCGUUGUGGGCAUUGUUGUGCUACUACUCAACUUCCUUUGCCGCCUAAAAUCUUACAGCUGUCUUUCUGUGUAUAUACUUCAGUUAAUUAUCAAAGACAUCUGCCUUUACUUUGUAAUGCGGCAGCUUCAAUUGGUGUUUGUUUUGUGACAGCUUCGUCUCUAUUGUGUACAAGCGACAUGAACACCUUCGUCCUGGACCUUCUGUGGCUGUCUGUCCCGAAGGACAUGUUAGCAUGUACAUGUAAGGUUUAGGCCAGGAUUCCACUUCUGUUGCAUUAGAUUCCUGUAAUGGAACAUCAGUAACCUUGAGGGAGGGGGACCUUUGGGUCUUUGAUAAUGGAAUUCAUUGAAAUUGGUUUGGGCUCUGAAGAGGUCUUUGACAAAUGUAUUUUUUACGUUUUCAAUUGUUUAGUAGUUUAUAGACUUUUGCCCUCCUAUUCAGUCUGCAGAGUUUUAAAGUGUUUAUGGACUUAGCUUAUAUUAUUUCUCUCAUUUGGUUUCUUAGACAGUGGAGGACAACUAUCCGUUGUCAUAAUUAUACUGAUGCAAACGAUUCAAAGCUGCCGAUUGCUGGUGUUGUCUCCCUGCUUUUUUAGCCGUUUGUACAACAUAAUUACUUAAUUUUUGCUUCUUUCAUUCAGCUGUCACUUUUUUUAUUGUCAUGAUAAAAAGAAUUGUAGUUUUGAUUACAGAAAAUGCACCUUAAUCCGUAUCAAUUAGGUAAAAUCCAAUCAGGUAGAAAGCUUUAGUACUUACUACCUUUUUAU